AUGGAUUCGAAUGGACCUGCUUGUACGAAGACUCCGACAAGGCACCACGAAAGCAGCGGUGGAGCUUCUUCCCUGAAGGUCGCAGAUGUUGACGAAAUGACCUUGUUCCAAGAAUGUGUAGAUGAUUUCGACGGUGUUCUAAGAAGUGUUAAUUCGCAUAACGAAGAAUCAGAGCGGGUGACAGAGGGCGUUUUUCCAAUGUCAGUAACAAAUGUGGCGGGACAUGGAAGAGAUGCGGCGGUUUCUAUGGCUUCCUCUAUCUCUGAUGCACAAGCAAAUAUCAUGCCAUUACCGCUGGUGAAAGAUAUUACCGCGCCCAAUACAUCUUUCUUCACUUCCGAAGUCAUGGAGAUAGAAGAGCCCGGCAUCAAUGAAGAUACUGUUGUCGCAAAUCCACCGUUCGAUUCUCUUCCACAUCAGAUCCGAAAAGGAAUAGAAACGGUUAAUAGUGUAAUGGCAGAUUUGGACACUGCAAUGUUAUGUUACGAUUUGCCUGGCUGUUCAAAUGACGCUAAUUAUUCUUGCUCAAGUGUUGGCAAGCUUCCAUACGAUCGCAAUAUUCCUGGGGUGUUCAGCUCAAUCGAGAAAUGUCCUCCUGAAGAAGUUCUUCGAUGUCAAGCAAAAGGAACCCAUGAACUCAACUUUCUUUCUUCCGAAGAUGAAGCUGAAUCCAGCGCGCAGCCUGAGAGCAAAAGAAAUGAAUAUGCACCUUCUUUGUUGGACAGAAUUGAGGAACAAUUAAGCUUUGGAGAAGGCGAUCACUGUGGUGGUGAGGAAUUUCACGAAAGUGACGACGUUUUCUGGUCAUGUCUUGAACGUGGGAUGAGGUUACACAAACUGAACAGAUGA